AUGGAGUGGGCGAAAUUGAAGAAACCGGAACUGAUUCAGCUAUCAGAGGAACUGGGAUUAGAAGUAGUAAGAACCAUAAAAAAACAACAACUCAUUGCUAAGAUUCGGGCUUUAGAUCUAGAAAAUGAGGAUAUCAUUGAGAGCUGGGAAGAAGUAGAGAAGAGAAACCAUGACCGAAGGAGGGAACUUGACUUGAAAGAAAAGGAACUCGAGCUUCGGAGACUCGAGUUGGAGCAGCGGCAGCUGGACAGCGGGCGGGCUAGCUCAGAGGGGUCAAGUCAAAGGAAGGUCGAGAGUUUCAAAAUGUCUAAACUGAUGCAGCCGUUCAAAGUAGGCGAGGACAUUGGCCUCUUUUUGGUGAAUUUUGAGCGUACCUGCGAAAAACUGGGUUUCAGAUGCGAAACUUGGUCACAGAGACUGCUGACGCUCCUCCCGUGUGAAGCCGCGGACGUUGUCGCGCGUCUGAGCAAGGAGGACGCUGAAGUGUAUGAGAAGGCGAAGGCGAGUCUGCUCCGAAAGUACCGCCUGACCACAGAGGCCUUUCGUCAGCGAUUCCGUAGCAUGCGUAAGAAGCCCGAACAAGGAUACCCGGAGCUCGCGUACGACCUGCGGGCAAACUUAAUCGAGUGGCUAAAAAGCGCCGAUGUGUACGGAGAGCACGAUAAGGUAGUGGAAUGCGUGGCCCUUGAGCAGUUCUACCGUUGCCUCCCUGACGCGGUGAGGUUCUGGCUUCAAGACAAGCCUGACGUGAACACCGUCGAGAGAGCGGGGGAGCUGGCCGAGGAAUACGCUUCACGUAGAAAAGCUGGAGAGGAGCGUCCGUUCGAGAGGGAAGCCAGAGGGGAACCUAAGAAGCCCGACGGAACCGGCAAAUGGCCUGCGACAAAGGCCGGUAAACGUAAUGGGGAAGGUAGGCAACCUGAACAAAAGCUUCCGAGCGAAGACGUCUCAAAAGAGUCGAGAUCCAGUGAGAAGGGGAAACCCGAAAGAGAGAAGUCGUUUGAAAAGCGCAAACCGCCGGUGUGCUAUCACUGCCAGGAGAGCGGGCACAUCGCGGCGGGAUGUCGGAAGCCAAAAGUGGUGUUUCACUACGUCGAUGACGAGGAGAACCGGAGGCUUCUAGAGCCUUAUGUACACGACUUAAGAGUCAAUGGUAGCCCGUGCCGAGUUCUUCGCGACUGCGCAGCAACCAUCGAUGUCAUGCACCCGUCUCUGGUUAGGCCAGAUGACUACACGGGGGAAUGUGCAUGGAUUAAGCAGGCAGUCGAAGAUCAAAAGGUCUGCCUCCCCAUUGCUCGCAUGCUGCGAGAAAGGGGCCUAGUGUUUAGCGAAAGGAAGGUGCAGGCGCUAACGAGAGCCAGGGCGCGCCAAAUAGCCGCGGAAGUGGUGUGUCGGAGUGAGGAUGAAGUUCCACCGAGCUGUCAGUCAACUUCGGACGGGCCCUCUUCCUCCGACAAUGCGGAGACCACUUCUACGGACAAAAUGGGGUCAACGCGACACGGGAGCGCCGCCGGGGAAACCGGGAAACUCGCGAGAAGCGAUACCGCGGCGGAGAUAGAAGAGGGAAAGAUUGUGCCUGGCUGCGAAACGGGGGACGAGGGGGGACUCGUACUCUCCUCUUCGUCGCGUAGCUUUCAUGCCUUGCUACAGGUUGACCGAGAGCUUCUCAUUGAGCAACAACAGAGUGAUCCGAGCCUUACAGUACUGCAUGAUACCGCCAAAGAUGGCAUAAGCAGACGGAACGUCUCGUAUCAGAUCAAGGCAGGGGUACUCUACCGCCAUUACAAAGAUCGUAAGAGCAGGGUUCUCGACCAACUGGUCGUGCCCCAGAAGUACCGCUCGGACCUCUUAGAGUUGUCUCAUGGGAGCUCUUGGUCAGGUCACCUCGGCAUUAAGAAAACGAAGGACCGGCUGUUACAAGAGUACUACUGGCCAGGCUGCUUCCGCGACGCGGAAAACUUUGUACGGUCGUGCGACGCGUGUCAGCGUGUGGGGAAGCCGCACGAGAAGAACAAAGCACCGCUGAGACUAGUGCCGCUGAUCACAGAGCCUUUUCGCCGCCUGGUCAUAGAUACGGUAGGUCCACUGUCAGUGAGCAAGUCAGGAUACAAGUAUGUAUUGACGCUACUUUGUCCCGCGACGAAGUUCCCAGAGGUAUGUCCUCUGAAAGAGUUGAGUUCAGCCGAGAUCGUGGACGCGCUGCUGUCUGUGUUUGCGAGGAUUGGAUUUCCCGCUGAAAUCCAAUCAGACCAGGGUAGUGUUUUCACUAGCGCCCUCACGAACACAUUUUUGGAGAAAUGUGGCAUUCGUGUUGUGCAUAGCUCCGUGUACCACCCUCAAUCAAACGCCAUAGAGAAAUGGCAUUCAGUUUUCAAACGAGUUCUGCGCGCGCUGUGCUUCGAGCAGAAAGUAGAUUGGGAGGCGUGUCUUCCGGCAACCAUGUUCGCAUUGCGCACAGUGCCACAUGAAGCCACGGGUUUCAGCCCGGCCGAGCUUGUGUAUGGGCGUUCGCUGCGCUCGCCACUACGCAUGUUGGGUGAGUCGUGGGAAGGCCAAGGGGAAGACCCGACUGUGGUGGAGUACGUGUUGAAGCUCUUAGAUCGCAUGCAUAAGACACAGGAAGUAGUUGAGGCGAACAUGCAGCGGGCGCAGGCGAAGGCGAAACUCUACUAUGACAGGGGAGCCAGGGAACGUAAGUUUGAAGUGGGAGACCAAGUGAUGCUGCUGAGGGUUUCCAAGAAAAACAAGUUAGAGGUGCAGUGGGAAGGUCCAGCCAAAGUGCUGCAAAAGCUCUCUGAGACGAACUACCCUGUGGAGUCGGGGGGGAAACGAAAGAAAGUAGCCAGUCCCCUCACUGAUGCUCUCAGGAAGAACGAGCCCAACAAAGUCGGGUGGGACGAGAAGAAGGAGCAGGCUUUCCAGAGCCUAAAGAAGGCGCUCACCGAGCGGCCGGUGCUAAGAGCACCUGAUUAUGAUCAGCCAUUCUUUGUGCAGUGCGAUGCAAGUGACCGGGGCAUGGGGGUUGUUCUGUGCCAAAAAGAAGGGGACGAAAAGCAUCCCAUUCUCUACGCGAGCCGCAUCUGA